UGUCACACAAGAAGCGAGCGAGUUAAAAAGACAACAAUUUUUAUUACAAUUUUUAUUAUUUUUUGUAUGGACGGCGGCCAGACAUUCAAUGUCAGAAUGUGUGUGAACUGAAUUGAUUCCGUUAGUGGUGAUUAGAACUAUAGUGCUGGUCCGAGGAGACAAAAUAAGAAUAAUGUUGGCGAAAAGCCUUGGCCACGGAUGAAGGGUUCCUACAUAGGGUCUGCUGUUCAACCAUGGAGUUAAACUGAAGACUUAGGCCAGCCCCCAUGCAUGUGUACUUCAAUUAAAGGAAGUGAAUGUAUACAGCCACUAUGUAACCAUGGCGAUGCCUGUAACAAGACACUUCUGUGUGAUAUUAUCACUGGUCACCUUAGCCGCCUGCGUCACCGUGUACUUUGUCAUAUUCGGCUCGGUGGCUCAUCUCAAAAUGUCACCCAGAAAGAAGACUGGCGACAUCAUGAUGAUCAACGCAGAUAGUGCAUCAAGGAGUCACUCCAAAAAGGUUACUAAUCAAAGGGUUAUCGAUCGCCGCCAGGCAAAAGUCAAACAGUAUAAUGUCCUGAUAUUUGGCGAGAGCCGAACUAUGUCACAGAAUAUUGGAUUCCUUGAGAAAGAUAGUUCCAGCGGACAGUGGCAGUACAAUGGAAUGUGCUACAAUCAUAAAACAAAGUUGAGAAUAGUGAUGGGCAGCCACGUGAAAGAUUUUAUCGACCAAGAUGUGACAAUUUUGAACAUGGAUGAAAAAAGUUUGCGGAACAACCUGGAGAUGCUGCAAACCAUGACGAUUGAUCCGGUGCAAGCGUGGAUUUUUUACGGGAGGGAGCCUCUGAUAAGAAUGAGGUGGUGGACCCCUGGCCUCGGUAUCUUGCCUCUGCAUGGGGUAUGGUCCCACUACAACAACUCUGAAGUUCUAAUGAAGUAUGGUUACACUGUGCCCGGUAAACCGAUGAUGCGGACCAACGUCUCGAUUGACUAUUGGUCACAGGGAAAGACAAAGCUUGUUUCUUGGAUGGCGCGAAAUUGCUGGGAAACAUUUUGGCCCAGAAGCGCUUUCGUCAAGGAACUUCAAAAACACAUUCCGGUUGACGUGUAUGGUGCUUGCGGAACCCUGGAAUGCUUGCCAAGACUAUCGGAAGAGUGCCAAAAGCGUCUUCAAGCGUACAAAUUUUACUUGGCGUUGGAGAGUGCCGAAUGUGAUGAUUACACCACGGAGAAAUUCUGGGAGACGGCACUGAUGAAUAACGUCGUUCCCGUCGUCCACGGUGCGCAGAGGGCGUGCUACAGUCGAGAGGCACCGCCGGGAUCUUACAUCUAUGUCGGUGACUUCCCCUCUAUCAAAGCCCUCGCUGAUUACCUGAUUCUUCUCAAUAACGAACCUGACUUGUAUGCCAAGUACUUCCAGUGGCAGUACCAAGUGAGCAUCGGGGAGCCCAAACAAAUCAGAUCUCCUUUGCAUUUUGAGCUGUUCUGUAGCAUUAUACCCUUCAUAGACAAAGUGAAGGAACAGAAAUUACUCAAAAGGCCGCUUUCUUCCUUCCAGUACUUUUCAUCUUGUAGAAAUCUGAAGGGGAAAGAUGGAACAUUCAGACCCUAUAUGAAAAGUCGUCUCGCACAGUGGCAUCCUGAGAGAUGGUGAUUAACCCAAACAAAGCUAUUCCAAAAUUUACAUUAUGAACUAUUUAUUGACUUUUAAUUUAAACUAGUGACUAUGAAUUUGUGUGAAUAAUAAUUUAUACAUAUACAACUCUCACUCUCAGUAUAUUUUUAUUGAAUCUAUUAGAUCGGUAUAGUAUCAACUGAAAUUUCAUUCGUAUCAAGCAAUAUUUUAAAUAACUUAUUCUUAAAUAGAGUGUUAUUAAGUUGCCCUAUCGCUUAUCACUAUUAUGGCAUUCCCUAAAUAGACCAUGUUAGUAUCAACAAAAGAAAAUUCAAACAAAUUUGGAAAUUUGUUUGGAAAUCUUAGGUUUCCAGUGCUCCCAAAUCCUGCUAUAUCCUCUUUGCCAAAAUUAAGAAUUCAGAAGGACUGGAGGGCUGUAGGCUUGAACUAACGCUUACCAAUGUAAUGGCAUUCUAAUUUUGUCCAAGUUGGUGUGGAAUUUGGCAGAGCCAGUCAGGAAAGACAGACUGGCACAAAGUACCAUACUUUCCAGCAGCCGAUUUCACGAAACUUUACGCAACUGCGUAAAUCCACUUGCGGAACGUUUAUGGCGUAAGUUGCGCCAUAAACGUUGCGCAAGUUUCGUGAAAUCGGCUUCUGGCUAGCAUUUUGUGCAUUGAUUUCAUCUGUUUGUGCAGCUAUGGCUUGUGUACUGUGGACUUCAAGACAUUAUACACUUUCGGUAAACAGUAUUGUCCAAGUCCCACACUUCUUGUAUCACAACUUAUAUAUAAAAUAACA